UGGGUGUGUUCUUUCUCUUGGUGAAACAUGGUUGUUCCGAGUUACGUUUAAUGCAGGUAGAACACAUUGUUUUAUCUGUUUUUUACUUUGUAAUUUCGGGAGCGAUGAUAAUUAUAUCAAAGCGUGGUGUGACUUAAGAAGUAAUCCUAAGUGAUGUGUUUAUAAACAAUAUUUUGUUGGUGUUAUUUACUGUCAGCCAUGUGCACCAUUUUCGAUUUGGACACGGCCUCAUCCCCCUUUCAUGGAUUCACCAAUCACGCAAACCCGGGAAAAUCCUACGAUUUGUACUAGCCAAUGACGAGCGCUGAAUUUCAAAUUUCAGGCUGUCUUUGUCCGGGGCCAACAGACAUUCUACGGUUUCCAUAGGAGAAUGGGAUGUUGUGUGUAAGUUUGGUUUGUGCAGAAAAUUGUUAAAUAUACAUGGUGGAAAGGGAAGAUAAUAUACGAAGACGUCUGUUAAUUUAUCUAGGUGCAUAUACGGAGGCAGUGGUAUCUCAAGAUGGACCUCUAUCUAAGCACACAGGACACGCUGUCAUUACAAGAAAUGCUGGAUUGUGAUAUAAAGACAGAAAUAGAUAGUGUAUUAGCAGGCACAGAUUUAAGUCUGUCGCUUAGUGAGUUACCACCGCUUGAUUUAGACGAAGCUUUAGGUGGAUCUGGUGACAUGACCAUGUGGUUCACGAGUAAUGGUUGUCUUCACAGUGGAAACAGCAAUUCUUCAAAUUCAAAUUUUAACUUGGAUUUUGUAGGCAGUGAUGCAGCAGCCAUGAUGGUGAACCCCAGCAGUGUAAUGCCAAUGACUUUGGUCUCAGUUCCGCCAACGACUGCAUUUACAAAUAUAUAUAACAGUUCUUCGAGUUCAAAUUUAUUAAUCACAACAUCUUCAUCCUCUGCAUCAUCUUUGUCUCCCGUUGAAGAACAGACAUUUUCACCCUCAGAUUCUUCGUCAAGAGCCGAAAAGACAUCUAACUUUGUGAGGACUCUGACCACAACAGCUUCAUCGUGUGGUUCGCCAACUCAGUCUCAUCAGCUGACAUCUACUACAGUAAGGGUAACAAAUCCAACAUCAUCUUCACAGUCAAGUCAUGUGAGCACCUCAAAUUGCAGUGGACUUUCAUCGUCAUUGAUAAAAACCGUCCCGAUAAUAAGUAGUAGUACAAAAUCAUCCCAACAAAAACACUUAGCUCAUAUUCAAGUGAGCAAUGUGAGAACUGUGACACUUUCUCAUCAUCAAAGCAACCAUAAGAGACAAUCGCAUUUGAACAAUAAUACAAAGCAUUUUGCAGCUGACGUGGAUUAUGAUGAAAGACCAUAUCCGAAGCCUGCCUACUCCUAUUCUUGUCUUAUAGCGAUGGCUUUAAAGAACAGCAAGACAGGAAGUUUGCCUGUCUCCGAAAUUUAUAACUUCAUGUGUGAACACUUUCCAUACUUCAAGACAGCUCCAAAUGGUUGGAAAAAUUCAGUGCGACAUAAUUUGAGUUUGAAUAAAUGUUUUGAAAAGAUAGAGAAGCCGGCAGGUAACGGAAGCCAACGCAAGGGUUGCUUGUGGGCAAUGAACCCAGCUAAGAUUGCCAAAAUGGAUGAAGAGGUUCAGAAGUGGUCCAAGAAAGAUCCAAUGGCAAUUAGAAAAGCAAUGAUUUGUCCAGAAAAUCUGGAGAUGUUGGAGAGGGGAGAGAUGAAGCGCGAGUUUUCAGGUCUCUCGAAUAUGAGUGGCGGAUGUGGUACAAGUUUGUCAGGUGGCGAAGAUAGCGAUGAUGAAUUGGGUGGUAGUGCACCGCCCACACCGCUCACUCCGCUCUCUGCCUCUCAGAAUGUUCCCGAGUUCAUCGACAUCAACCAACUCAAUGGAGGUGGCGGAACAGACUCGUUUGAUGAAUCGAGUCUUACCGGGUUUGAUAUUGAGGUAGCUGAUGGAAUUUAUGAAGAAUUGGAUGCACAGGAUGAAAAACUAAAUCUUGGUAUUACUCUGACACCAGCUAUGUCUAGUGACCUUAUAACAUCUUACAGUAGCAUUUCUCUCCCAGUUACAUCAUCAUCCUCCUCCAAGUCAAAACAGGAAGACAGUACUUCGGCAGAAAAUGUUGAGGUUACUAAACGAAGCAGAUUAAAUGGCAACACAAUACAGGGCAAUUAUGUGUAUAAACCAAUGGUAGUAGCGUCAACAGUCAGUGGAACUAGUAGUGUCGUAGGAUCAAGAAGAAAAACGCCCUUACUCCUUCGAGCGUCUCCGUCUGCUUCAUCAUUAAUCAAACUGGACGAUCCAUAAGAAGAUAAUUUCUUUUAAUGGCAGUGCAAUGUCAUUUUAGCAUUGUCCAUUUGUCUCCUUACUUUAGAAACACUGGCUCCAGUCUUACUUCAAAUGUUGUACCUGAAAGAAAUUAAUAGUUACGUGGUGUAAUAUUAAGUUACUGUAAACUGAAGCAUUUUUUUCAAUCA